GCUCCCCAGCAUCAGUUAUCGCUGCUGUGCGUGUAUUAUUUUGAUAGCUAAUGUGCUCUUCUUGCUUGCUUGAUGCCGUUGAUUUUAAACGCAGAAAACGUGCAUUAGCUUUAAUUUGGACACAUUACAUUUUACAUUCCUGUGCUCAAGUUACGUUGUUAACGGCUGGAUGAGUGCACCAAUGUUCUCGCCUCCCCCCACUGCAGAGGUGGCUGAAAUAAACCGCAUCCAUUAUGAACUGCAGUACAGGGAGGGCAUCAACCAGCGUAUGCGAAUCCCAGAGAUCCUCAAGGUGGCCCCAGAGAACCACACAGAGUCUCUUCCCCGCCAGCAGCCCGUCACCACUCACACAACUAUGAUGCAGGUUCCUGAGAGACUUAUGGUAGCAGGGCCUGUCGAGGACCCUCACUUCCCUCAUCCUCAUGACUUGGACCUUAUUCAGUGCAUCCCUCUGCAGACCUUACCAUGAAGGCACCGCCACACGUCCUCAACUCUCACACAACUGCCACCGGACUCCCUUGAGACUGAGCAACCUGCUGCUUCACAGAGCCGUGCCAGCAACUCGGCCCAUUUCCAUUCCCGGUCUCGAAGAGAACGCAGUGCCAGUGAGAACGCAUCUGGCCGCCACAGCAGUCAGACCAGCAGAUGUGAUGUGAGUAUAACCCCUUCCCCAUCUGCUGCCACAGUCCGGCCAUGUCCUCCUCUCUCUCCCCCCGAGGAUGCAAACAUUAACCUCUUCACAACUGCAGGGUUUCUGGCCUACAUCCAGGCAACCACACGCAGAGCAUACCAACAGGUCCUAGAAGUGCUGGGUGACAGGCACCGCAGAACACAGGACUCUGCUCUUGAUGGAAACCUCGAGGAGCUCGGAGUUGAUGCAUCUUCACUAAGACGACAGAUUAUAAAGCUAAACCGUCGCCUGCAGCUGCUGGAGGAAGAAUAUAAGGAACAUUCCAAACGGGAGAUGAUCCUGUAUUCUGCUACAGUGGCAUUCUGGCUUAUUAAUACCUGGAUCUGGUUCCGUCGCUGAGAUGGAGCAUUACCAAUUCUCCCAAUACACUGGAAGCCAAA